GACAAUGAUCCACAAACAAACAUCAAAACAAAAACAAAAAUGGGUCACUGAGCACAAAACCAAGCUUCUGCUGGCCAUUCCAGUCCUCUGACCUGAACCCUAUAGAAAAUGAGUGGGGUGAACUGAAGAGAAGCAGCACCAACAUGGAGCUGGGAAUCUAAAGGGUCUGGAGUGAUUCUGGAUGAAGGAAUGUAGGAGGAGCCAUGUGUAUAAAUAUAAGACAUACAGUAAGAACAUCACAGGACAGCCAGCAGCAAAACAAUCCACACCAGAGGAGACACAGUCCCAGCCAGCAAGAUGAUUCCAGUGUUGGUGUUACUCAUGGCAGCUCUUGUAGCUGCAGAUGAGCCAAUGAUGGAUCUCACAGAACCAGCAGAGUCUGUUUCUGUGGUUCACUGUGAUUCUUAUACUAUAUGUCCUGAUGGAACAACGUGCUGUCUGAGUCCUUAUGGUGUGUGGUCCUGCUGCCCAUUCUCAAUGGGUCAGUGCUGCAGAGAUGGAAUUCAUUGCUGUCGUCAUGGUUAUCACUGUGAUUCGACAUCGACCCAUUGUUUGAGGGGGUGGUUGAGACUGCCAUCUUCUCCCAAGCCGGCUACCAAAGCUAUCCAGAAACCUCAGUCAGUGCCCUUUGACCAGGCUCUCAAUUGGCAGAGCCAGACUGAGAAGGUUCAUUGUGAUGGAAAUGUCUACUGCCCAACUGAGCAGUUCUGCUGCAAGACAUCAGCUGGCCAGUGGGGGUGCUGCAGUGAGAUGGAGUUGUAAGUAAACAUCCCACGUGUCCUGGGUGCAGCUCUUAUCAAAGACUGUCAAAGUGCAAGAGGCUUUCAAAUGUCAGCUAUUGUUGAGGAAAAGCAAUAAGUCACAUCUAAACUCAAAUAAUGCAAAAUAAAAAAAAAAUUAAUAUCAAAUGUCAUUGUCAUUUAAUAAAUAAAUUGUUUUUGA